UUUCUUCUUCUCAACAUUCUCUAUUUAUAUUCCCUCUUCUUUUCGUUCUCUUCCCCUUUCUCCUCUCUCCGCCGCCGCCAUUCUCGCCGGAAUAUCACCUCAAUUUCUCCCAUCGCCGGCAAUGGACGGACCUAGAUUCGUAAUCGAAGCAUCAGAAGCCGAAACCUUGGCCAAGCAAUCAGCCCUCACAAUUCCUCUCCUUCUUCCAACUCUCGUCAAAUCGGCGCAAAGCUUAGCCCGCCCGCCGAUCUCCAAAUACCAUGUCGGCGCCGUCGGUCUCGGAUCAUCCGGUAGAGUGUUCUUCGGCGUCAAUCUCGAGUUCCCCGGCCUUCCUCUUCAUCAAUCUGUUCACGCCGAACAAUUCCUCGUCACAAAUCUCGCCCUAAACGCCGAAUCUCACCUCAAUUACCUCGCCGUCUCCGCUGCCCCUUGCGGCCAUUGCCGUCAAUUCCUCCAAGAAGUUCGCUCUGCCGCAGAGAUCAAAAUCCUCGUCUCCGAUUCUGGUUCCGAUUCCAAACCCAACGAUUACGUUCCUCUCCCCCAAUUUCUCCCCCACCGAUUCGGCCCCUAUGAUCUUCUCGCUAAGGACGUUCCAUUACUCCUCGAGCCCCGAUUUAACGGCUUGUCUCUACCGAACGAAUCCGCCGGAAACAAUAAGCUCUGUAAUGGCAAUCAUGGCGAGAAUUUGGAGAAACUCAAACGCGCCGCCUUAGAUGCCGCGAAUAUGUCCCACGCGCCGUACAGUAAAUGUCCGUCGGGAGUUGCGCUAAUGGACGACAAUGGACGAAUCUACAAUGGACCCUAUAUGGAAUCGGCUGCUUAUAAUCCGAGUAUGGGGCCGGUACAGGCGGCGAUAGUGGCGUACAUCGCCGGCGGCGGUGCUGGGUAUGAGAGAAUCGUCGCGGCCGUGUUGGUGGAGAAGGACGGCGUGGAAGUGAAGCAAGAACGGGCGGCAAGGCUGUUACUGGAGACGAUCUCGCCGGAGUGUGAAUUUACGGUUGUUCAUUGUAUCGCUGCCGUGUGAUGGUGAAGGUUUUAACUCGGAUGUUAAUAAAAAUAAAUUCAAAAUUUUAGAAUUAAUUUUUCUAAUUAAAAAAAAAAAAAAAAAGCUCUGUUGAGAAAUAAAUGGAUCGUUUUUUUUUUAAUGUUUUUUUUUUUGUAAAUUUGAAUCACAAUUUCUGUGAAGUUCUUAGGUUAUUGAUGAAUAUGAUGUAAUAUUGUAAUGUAAGAAAUUAUAUAAAAAUCUCUAUUUAUUUUUUA